GGAGGGUUAGCCCAGAUCAGUGGAGUCAUGCGUCACACAGCUCUCUCAUGCUGGCAGCCGUUCCUGGGUCUGGCUGUGCUGCUUGUCUUCACAAGCCCCAGUGUGGGCUGCCCGGCCCGCUGUGAAUGCUCAGCACAGAACAAGUCUGUCAGCUGUCACCGAAGACGUCUGAUGUCCAUCCCAGAAGGCAUUCCCAUUGAGACCAAAAUCUUGGACCUCAGCAAGAACCGACUGAAAAGCGUUAACCCUGAGGAAUUCACAUCGUACCCGUUGCUGGAGGAGAUUGACCUCAGCGACAAUAUUGUCUCCAAUGUUGAGCCUGGAGCUUUUAACAAUCUCUUCAACUUGCGCUCCUUGAGGCUGAAAGGAAACCGUCUGAAGCUGGUCCCCCUUGGGGUGUUCACUGGGUUGUCAAACUUAACAAAGCUUGAUAUAAGUGAAAACAAGAUUGUCAUUUUGCUGGACUACAUGUUUCAAGAUCUUCAUAACCUAAAAUCCCUGGAGGUUGGGGACAAUGAUUUGGUGUAUAUUUCACACAGGGCCUUCAGUGGGCUGCUUAGCCUGGAGCAGCUCACCCUGGAGAGAUGCAACCUCACAGCCGUACCAACAGAAGCUCUUUCUCACCUCCACAACCUCAUCAGUCUGCAUUUGAAACAGCUCAACAUAAAUGCUUUGCCGGCAUACGCCUUUAAAAGACUGUUUCGCCUGAAAGACCUGCAGAUAGAGGCCUGGCCCCUCCUGGACAUGCUGCCUGCCAACAGUCUGUAUGGUCUCAACCUGACUACUCUCUCCAUCACAAACACCAACCUCUCUGCAGUACCUUACUCUGCUUUUAAGCAUCUGGUUUACCUGACACACCUCAACCUCUCUUACAACCCCAUCAGCACCAUCGAGGCAGGCAUGUUGUCAGAUUUAGUGCGCCUGCAGGAGCUCCACAUGGUGGGGGCACAGCUGCGCACCAUUGAACCACACGCUUUCCAAGGGCUCCGAUUCUUACGCGUGCUUAACGUGUCACAAAACCUGUUAGAAACCCUAGAAGAGAAUGUAUUCCAUUCCUCCAAAAGCCUUGAGGUCCUCUGCAUUAACAACAACCCUCUGGCCUGUGACUGCCGUCUUCUCUGGAUUUUGCAGCGGCAGCCCACCUUGCAGUUUGGAGGCGAGCCGCCAAUGUGUGCUGGCCCGGACAGUGUCAGAGAGAGGUCAUUCAGAGACUUUCACAGCACAGCUCUCUCCUUUUACUUCACCUGUAAGAAGCCCAAGAUACAAGACAAGAAGUUGCAGUACCUGGUAGUGGAGGAAGGACAGACCGUGCAGCUGAUGUGCAACGCUGACGGGGACCCGCAGCCCACCAUCUCCUGGGUUACCCCACGUCGGAGGCUGAUCACAGCCAAAUCAAAUGGUAGAGCCACUGUGCUGGGAGACGGCACCCUGGAGAUCCGGUUUGCCCAAGACCAGGACACUGGGAUCUAUGUCUGUAUUGCGAGCAACGCAGCUGGAAAUGACACCUACUCGGCCUCCCUGACGGUAAAGGGGUUUACUUCAGACCGUUUCCUUUAUGCCAACAGGACCCCUAUGUAUAUGACAGACUCCAACGACACAAGUUCUAAUGGAACUAAUGCAAACAGCUACUCUCUGGACCUUAAGACAAUAUUGGUGUCCACAGCUAUGGGCUGUUUCACAUUCCUUGGAGUGGUUUUAUUUUGUUUCCUUCUUCUUUUUGUGUGGAGCCGAGGGAAAGGCAAACACAAAACCAGCAUUGACCUUGAAUAUGUCCCUCGCAAAAACAAUGGUGCUGUGGUUGAAGGGGAGGUUUCUGGACCACGAAGGUUCAAUAUGAAAAUGAUUUGAUGGUAUUCUGCUAGCAGUGCUUUUUCUGUGGCA